AUGGAGAUAUGGAUUUGGUUAAGGAUUCAGGAUUCUUGGAGAAGGAUUCAGGAUUCUCCUCUUGGUAUCUUCUUUAAUAAUAAGCCUUCUACUUUUGCCAGUGGAGCUCUACAUUGGACAGCUGCAAAAGAAGACUGGAUUGGAGUAAUUGUUUCGUUUGAUUUAACAAGUGAGACAUACAAGGAAGUGCCGCUACCACAGCCUGAUAUUGAGAGUCAUGAACUACAACUGGGGGCUUCAAGAGGAUGCUUAUGCUUACUCACUGAAGUCGUCCAUGGUGAAAGUCAUGAUAUUUGGGUGAUGAUGGAGUAUGGGGUGCCAGAGUCUUGGACCAAAACGGUCACAAUUCCAAGGAGGGUGGGCACUUUCACAAUUCCAAGGAGGUUGGACACUUUACGGUAUACCAGGACCUUAAAACCGCUGACAUGGUCUGUCGAAAAUGGGGAGAUUCUAUUGUAUGCAAAUGGGAAUCUGGUUUCCUACAAUGCAAAUAAGAAUUCACUCGUGCAUUUUGCAAGUGAUGUAAAAAUUCCCAAUUACUCUCUUAGUAGUGUGGGAUAUGAAGAGAGCCUAGUCUCACCCAAUGCUUACAGUAACCUUGGAGCAAACAAAAUUUGUCCUCUCAAUAUCAGAAUUGUACUGAGGAAACUUGUGAACUGUAGUGAUAGAUCCAGGAAGUUUGUCCAGAUCAAGGGAGUGAAGUGA